UAUUACUGCUAUAUUCUUUUAUUGUCAUAUCACUUUGGCAGUCCUACUUUUAAUUGAACACCUUAUUCUCCCUAAUUCAAGUUUUAGAGACAAUUGACAAUGUCUUUUUUGCCCUUGGUAAUAAAACCAUUUUUCACUAUCGAUGAAUCUGAUCCAAACCUGAAUUCAAAUCACAGCAAUGCCAAUUCUAACACAAAUAGCAACAAUAAUAAUUUAUCUCAAGUCCAAAACCGAAAUGAUACUAUAAACGAAAAUCUUAAUAAUUUAGCCAAUCAGAACGCCUCAAACAAUAUUUCAUCAAACUCAAUUCCAAAUUUAAUCAAUUCUGUUAAAUGUAACCUAUGUAAUCAAUUUAUCUCAUUAAACAAUAACAAUAACGCUGAUAAUAGCAAUUUGUUAGUCAGUCACUUGGAAUCUUAUCAUCAAGAUAAACUUGUAUCUUUGCAAAAUGACUUGCCUCCAAACAUUGACGCGACGAUAGCUACAAUCGAUGUAGCCAAUUCAAUUGCAAAUAUAAACAACAACAAUAACAAUAACAAUAACAAUAGCAAUAGCAACAAUUCCAAUUCCAAUUCCAAUUCCAAUUCCAAUUCCAAUUCCAAUUCCAGUUCUAAUUCUAAUUCCAAUUCAAAUAACAAUAAUCAUAACAAUAAUCAUAACAACCCCAAUAGUAACCCCGAUAAUAGCCCUAGGAGUGAUAAUCCUAAUAGUGGUAGCCCUACUGCCUCCAAUAAUGCCCCUAACUCUAAUAACUCUAACAUCCAUGAUAUCGAAAACGAAAUUAAUAAUAACCUUGGUGAUAUCACUGAUAUUAAUAACAUAAACAAUCUCAAUAUCAGCAAUCUUGACAAUAUUAAUAAUUUUAACAAUCUUAAUAAUAUAAAUGAUCUUAGUGAAAUUAAUGAAAUCGAUAAAAUCAAUUCAAAAUCAAAAAAGUCAAAUAAAAGAGACUAUAAUUGGAAAAAGUUUGUAAUAUUCGAAAAUAUUAACAUCAAUUCCGAUGACAACAAUGACAAAAUCACUCCAAAUACAAUACAGAAAGUAAGAUGUUUUUUCUGUGAUCAACAAAUGAAUUAUAAAUCGAGAAAUGGCCCCGGUGCAAUAACUGACCAUCUAGAACAUCAUCAUCAUCAAAAUAUUUUAUUAGUUAAAAAUUCAAAUUUAAACAAGUUUCAUCCUAAUGAUAAUAAUAUCAACAAUCUUAAUAACAUUAAUAUCAAUAAUCUUAAUAACCUCAGUAACCUUAAUAAUAUUAGUAACAUUAAUAAUAUCAAUAAUCUUAACAACUUCAAUAACCUUAAUAACCUUAAUCACCUUAACAAUCUCGAUCUUAAUAACAAUAGCCAAAUAUAUGAUCAAAAUAAUAUUAACUCAAAUAAUAUCAAUUCGGUUUCUCAUCCAAAUUCUCACUCUAACCCUCACUCCAACUCAGAUUCAAUGGAUCUUUCAAACCGAUUGUCCUCAUCUAUUAAUGCUAUAUCAGGCAAUAACACUGGCAUAAUCUCAAGUUCCAUCCCAAGUAACGAUAUCCUAACAAACCAUUUGAGAAAAAGAGACCGAAAAUCUUUAAUCAACUUGACUAACUCUUUAAAUUCAAGAAGAUUGUAUAACUGGAAACAUUAUGUAGAAUUCUUAAAUCUUUGUAAUAAUGAAAAGGUCACACCAAAUACCUCUCAAAAAGUCAAAUGCAUAUUUUGUUCUCAGUUAAUGAAAUACAAAUCAAGAAAUGGUCCUGGAACAAUCAUUGAUCACUUGGAAAAUAAACACUUUGAUUUAUUAAGAGAAUCAAAUUCAAAUAAUCCGAUAACAAAAAGAUCCAAUAUUCCUCCUUCAAGAAGAUCAAAUCGUAAAAAGAUUCAGACUUUAAUUUCACAUUCUCCUAUUAAUAACAGCAAUAAUGCAGCUCUUAAUGGAAAUCACGCUAACAAUAUUAGCAAUAGUUUAUACAAUUCUCCAAAUGUGCAUGGCAACAAUAAUAAUAGCAAUAACAACAGUAAUAUUACCUUUAUAAGCUCAUCCAAUUCAUCUUCUCCGAUAAACUCAACAUCUGCCAGAAAUUACAACCGAAAUGAAUUAGCUUUAACAAGACUUGAUCCAAUAAAUGAUAAUGUCAGAUAUCCCAAAAGAGUCUAUGAUUGGAAAGAUUUUAUAACCCCUGUCAACCCAAAUUUAAAUGCUCCAAGUAAUGUAACACAAAAAUUAAAAUGCUUAUUUUGUAAUCAUAUAAUGAAUUAUAAAUCAAGAAACGGCCCUGUUACUAUAACUGAUCAUUUGGAGAAUAAUCAUUCCUCGACUAUUUAUUUGACUAAUAAUUCUAACAACAAUGCCAAUACUAAUUCUAGUAAUAGCAAUAAUGGUAAUAAUAGUGCUAUUUCAGGCUCUAACAUUUUAGCCAACUCAGGUAAAAUCAAUAAAUCUUAUACCAAAUACAUGCCAAUUAAAUUAUUAAACAUUAUGAUUGAAAAUAAUCUAGGUUUUGAUUUUCUUGAUAGCCCAAGUGUCCAAGCAUUGAUUGCUGAUACCGGUUAUUCGAUUCAAGUCACGUCAAAAAUAAUAAGGCCUAAAAUUAAAAAUUUGUAUAGAAAGGCAUUUUUAAAUAUAAAGGAAUUGUUAUCAAAGUCAAUCGGAAUUUCGAUUGGAUAUGGGAUUUACAAAUUUUCAUCAGAUGUUUCAAUUUUAGGCGUGAUUGCACAUAUAUUAAUUGAAAAUGACAAAUUGAUGCUAACUCAAAAGAAAUUUGUGUUGAAGGUUUGUCAAAUUGAUUUUGAAGUUACUUCCAGGGACAUAUCGAAUUUAAUAAUGAAAAUUUUAAAAGAGUAUGAAAUUCAAGAUAAAAUCAUAGGUAUAAUCUCCGAGGGGAAUAAGUUCAAUAAAGAAAUUGGGAAUUAUUUGUAUAGUUACUUGCAGAAAAAUAAAAUUAUAACUAAAGAUUCAAUAACAAUCGGGUGUUUGUAUGACAAAUUGGAAAAACUUGGCAAUAUUGCAACCAAUUAUUUAUUGAAGAAUAUUUUUUCAAUAACCGAAAUCAAGGACAGUUUCAAUCAAAUUGAAGUUGAGAUUCAUAGUUCGAAUUAUGACAGUAAUCUUAUUAAUAAUGUUGUGAAUGAUAUCGGUAGUGAUGAUGAUGAAUUUGGAUUUGAAAACAAUGAGGAAUUUUUAAAGUUAAAGGCAAGUGUUCGAAAAUGUUUGAAUUUUAUUAGGAUAGUCAAUUCAUCGCCGAAGAGAAGGAUUAUUUUUAGAAAAUUGGCCAUUGAUGGGCGAAAUGAGAAUAAAAUCCGAACAUUAUAUAAUGAGUUGAUUAAUUUUGAGGAUGAUGAGGAAAAAAAAAGCAAGAGAAGAUGGGUGACUUUAUACUUAAUUAUUGUUCGAUUUUUGGAGCUAUUUCCAAUUGUUCAGGAUUAUUUGAAUUCCAUUGAGCAUGAUUACAAUGUGAACACGAGAAAUGGGAUUAAUAGUAUGGAUAACGACCAUGAUAUUGAUAAUAAUAAUUUGGAUCGGAUUAAUUUUAGUAAUGAGGAUAUUAAUCUUUUGAAUGAGUAUCAAAGGAUAAUCCAGCCGAUUUUUUUCAAGGAGUUGGAGAUACACCAGCAGAAUAUAGAUAUCAGUGAUUAUAUUUCGACAUUGACGUCAUUGAAGGGGAUUUAUUUGAGUAAUUUGAAUGAGCUUGAGUUCAAUAAAGAGCAGAAUAAGAUGAAGAGUUUGAGUAAAUUUUUCACAAUUUAUAAGAAGAUAAUUGAGAGAAUCUUGAAGAAAUUGGAAGAGUUUAUUAAUGAGAGUAUUAAAAAUAAGAUAUUGAAUUCGUGUUAUAUUUUAAGUACUACGAAUAAUAUUGGAACGUUGCGGGAUAGUAAUAGAAAUGGGUUCCAUGAGGCGUUUAACUAUAUCAAGAGUUUAUCGUUGAUAUUGGAUGAGAAAGAAGAAAAUGUGAGCGAGACUUCCAGUGUGAAUGUGAAUGAGAAUGUGAAUGAAAAUGAAAAUGAAAAUGAGAAUAAGAAUGAGAAUGAAAAUGAGAAUUUGAAUCAAAAUGAGAAUUUGAAUCAAAAUGAGAAUUUGAAUCAAAAUGAGAAUUCAAAUUCUAACAUGGGUCAUCGCAAUAGUAUAAGUAAUAAUAAUAAUAAUAAUAGUAAUAAUAAUGGCAAUAACAAUAAUGAGAACGGUAAUGGAAAUAAAAGAAGAAAAAUAUAUAAAUACAAUUAUGAUUAUAAUGGGAAUUUGAUUGAGGAAAUCAGCGUUAAUAACAAUGGGAUGAUGAGUGAUAGAAGCGGAGAAAAUAAAGAUACGAUUGAGGAUGAAUUGAAUGGAUUUAUUACGUAUGAGAUGCCCAACCGGAUCGAGCCAUUAGUUCGAUGGUCUAAUAUCAAGGGCAAGUACCCCAAGUUGUUUAAAGUGAUUAAGGGGCUAUUCGGGAUCAAGAUUGAUUUUACAAAUGAUAUUGAUAAUUUGUUAAAGUUAUCGUAUAAGAUUUACGAGACGUUUGAGAAAAGUGGGUGUUAUGAUGAAGGGUAUAAUGGUAUUGAGACUAUUGAUUUGAGUAGCGAUAAUGAAAGUAGCAGGAAAAGUGAUUAUAAUAAUAAUAAUGUUAAUAAUGCUAAUAAUACUAAUAAUUCUAAUAAUAAUCAAAAUAGUGGUAACGAUAAUGGUAAUGACAAUAGCAAUGGUAAUAAUGAUGAUGAUGACGACAAUGAUAACGAAAAUAGUAAUGACGACAAUGAUAACGAAAAUAGUAAUGACGACAAUGACGGCAAUGAAAACAAUACUGAAAUUGGAAAUAAAAAAGAGAAAGAGAGUGAAAAAAAUUUGAUCAAUGAGUACGUUAUUGUCAAGUUUUACUUGGAAGACCACAAGGAGAUAAUCAAAAAUGAGGAAAUCAGUAAGGCUGUGAUGUUGAUCAAUGACUAUUUGAACCACAAUAACAUCAACACGAGCAGUCGAAUUGGGAGUGUCAAUUCUGCAUACGGCCACGGCGGAAGCAACAACGUUCAAAACAUGGGUAUUAACGGGAAUAGCACCAGUUACCAACACAGCAUCAACAACAACUUCAACCUAAACUACAACUACCAGCAGAAUCCGGACCACGAUCACAAUAUCGGGAAUAUUGGCAGUAUUGGUAAUAUCAACGCCAGCAAUGCCUCUAACGGCGGAAGCAGCAGCGGGAGCAGCAACAAUAACUUGUUCAAUCACUCAUCGGUGUUGUUGCUUCAGGAAUUCACGGAUCAAGAGGGUGGAAAUCUAAAUAUAGAAAAUGGAGGUGGAGGCGACAGAAACGCGAACGAGAGCGAGGGCCUUGGAAACGAGGACAAGGCGCGCAGCACAACCAGCAGCGUGGGGCCUGGAACAAGCAGCGGGGGCCGAGGCAGCACAAACACGAACGACGGCAGGAACAGCUACAGCUACAUGGAGAACCUCAACAGUGCAUUCAGUCUCUAGACCCAGAAUGAGGAGAGCAGUAACAGGAAGGAGCGAUGCUGCGUGCAGCUGCCCAAUGAGGCAAUUGCGGCCCAAAACAGCACCACUACUGUGGGUUGGUGGCGGGUGACGUCACGCGCGUGUCCGCGCAUACUGCACCUGUAUCCGUGUCCGGCGCGGAUUGGCAGUGUCGGCGCUUAAUUUUGCGCUGAGCACUGUUUAUAUAGCGGUGUAUCGUACCUGUGCUUCUUCUGCUUCCUGUGCUUCCUCUCCUGUUUCAGCAUUUCUUCCUGUGCCACCUGCGCUGCUUGUUUCCUCUCCUCUGCUCCUUCUCUGCUCUUUCUCCGCAUAAUCCUCUGUUCUUGCACUUCUCUGCUCAUCUCAGUAAAAUU